AUGUUAGUUCAGAAUCGCCAACUCAGCAAGCUUAGUUUUCCAGUUUUCGCCACCGCCACUGUCUCGGCCAAGCUUUCACUCCCUUAUCCUCUCAUCUCCUUCCUUGAAAGCCUCCCACAAUCCUCACAGUGCUUGCUUCUCUUGAACAACACCCUGCCACCCUGCCAAUGGUCGGGUGUCUCCUGCUCUUCCAACUCAACAAGCAUUACCUCCAUCGACCUCUCGAAGCUCGGCCUCUCCGGCCAACUCUCCUCAUCUGCUUCCCAUUUCUGUCGUAUCACCACGCUCCGUGAGAUCAUUCUCAGCUACAGCAACAUCUCCAGGCCUAUCCCCCCUUUCCUCUUCCACUGCACUUCACUUACCAGCCUCUGCCUCGGCUACAACUCCCUCUCCGGUCCCAUCCCUCCAAACGUCCUCCUUGCCACCCAUCUCACCGAGCUCGUCCUUAGCUACAACUUCCUCUUUGGAAUCAUCACUAGUGAUACCUUUGUGGGUCUUCGGAAUCUGCAGUACCUCUUCAUGGAAUACAAUGACUUCACUGGUGAGUUGCCCAGGAGUUUGCUUAGUCUCACUGGUUUGACAGCGUUGGACCUUUCUAAAAACCAGUUUAAUGUCACUAUACCUGAAGGCAUUAGCCAACUUCUCUAUCAUGGUGGUGGAGCUCUUAAGGAGAGCAGCCUCUUCUCCUCUUCCUUGGGAGCAUCUUGCUGGAGACACCUUCUGCAACCUUGGAAGCUUGUUUCCCCUUGGAAGAAGGCUAGAGCUUGGGCUUGGAGGAAGUUCCCUUCACUGGCAAGUGUAGAGCAUAUUACCUUCUCAUGUUUUGAUGAUGAUCCUGAUCUUAUGGAUGUUGUGUAUUCAGUUGGUUGGCUUAAUGUGGCUGCUAAAGCCCGUACUUGUAGUAUUUCAGUUUCUAGUAUCAUAUUUGUGCAUCUGUAUUACUGUUCAUAUCUGCUUGUUAGGGUUGACUCUGACCAGGUCAAAUCUGAGGCCUUAAACCCAGUGGGGCCCAAUCCUACUGGAUUAGGCCGAUCUAAACUCUGGAGCUUUCAAGUAACCAGCUUUGUGGGGUCUUUACUACCCGAGCUUGGGAACUGCAAUUCCUUGGUUGAACUUCAGCUUCAGUUUAAUCUCAUCAGAGGUCCUAUCCCACCAGAGAUUUCCAAUCUGAAGAAGCUGGAGAAGCUCUACCUCUAUGAUAAUGAGUUGGAGGGAAUCAUUCCACCGUAA